AUGCUCCGCUCCACACAACGCCGUGCAUUCUCCUCGACGGCGAGGCGGCUCGACAACUAUGGCUUCAUAGGGCUGGGCCAGAUGGGCUACCAAAUGGCAAAGAACCUCCAGGCCAAGCUCCCCCCAACGGACUCGAUACGCAUCUACGACAUCAACAAGGCGGCUGCGGAGAAGCUCGCGGGAGAGAUGCGCGCGUCGGCUGCGGGCGGAGCCGCAGUAGAGAUUGCCGAGAGCGUGCACCAAGCUGCUCGUGAAGCUGACACUGUCAUCACCGUGCUCCCAGAGCCGUCACACGUCAAGGGCGUCUUCUCCGAGAUCCUCACGCCCGACUUACCGCACAAGAGCACGAGGCUCUUCAUCGACUGCUCGACCAUCGACCCCUCAAGCUCGCGCGAAGUCGCCAAGAGCGUGAGCGCCGCGCAGCAGGGACAAUUCGUCGACGCGCCCAUGUCUGGUGGCGUGGUGGGCGCCACCGCCGGCACCCUGACGUUCAUGCUCGGCGCCCCGGACAGCACGGUGGACAAGCUCGAGACGAUCCUCCUGCGCAUGGGCAAGCGGGUGCUGCACUGCGGACCGCAGGGGACGGGCCUCAGUGCCAAGCUCGCCAACAACUACCUGCUCGCCAUCAACAACAUUGCCACCGCCGAGGCCAUGAACCUCGGCAUGAAGUGGGGGCUCGACCCAAAGACGCUCGCCAACAUCAUCAACGUGAGCACCGGCAAGUGCUGGCCCAGCGAGGUCAACAACCCGGUCGCCGGCGUCGUCGAGACCAGCCCCGCGAACCGCGACUAUGCCGGCGGCUUCGGCAUCAGCCUGAUGAAGAAGGACCUCAAGCUCGCGAUCCAGGCCGCCGACGAGGCAGGCGCCAGGCUCGAGCUGGGCGACCGCGCGAGGGACGUGUACGAGACGGCGGAAAAGGUCGAGAGCUGCAAGGGCAGGGACUUUUCGGUCAUUUACAGAUACCUGGGCGGCAAGGAGUGA